UUGGACAUCUAUACCAAGACGGCCACUCCCAUCCAACACUGUUCCAGACUUCCAGUCCAGCGCCCGGCUAAUAGCCAAGCAGAGCUUCUCCCUAGCCUUUGCUUGCUCUUCCACAGCGCAAAGCUCCGAGAUGAUGAUCAGGCGCGGCAGCAGCAAGAUCUCCUCACCCCUCGCCCUCCUCUGCCUCCUCCUCCUCCUCCUCCUCCUCGUCAUCGUCUGCUCCUCCUCCAACUGCGCGGCAGCUGCUCGCCUCCUGCCUGGCGCCGGUCCUCUCCCUCCUCUCCGUGCCGCCGCCCCCAGUGGCGGCGACGAGCAUUCCGCGGCCUCCGAGGUGACAACACAAGACACGACGAAGGGAGCGGCGGAGGCGUGCGAGGAGGGGAACGAGAACGACGAGUGCGUGCAGAGGCGGCUGCUCCUCGACGCGCACCUCGACUACAUCUACACGCAGCACAAGGGCAAGCCGUGACGGUCAGCGAGGAGAACGGUGCUUUGCGCAUGGUGGAGUACGUAGAUGAACGCUGCUGCGGCUAGUUAAUUAACAUCCGGACGGACGUUGUCAUCCGUCUAGUAGUAGUAGUUAGUAUAUAUCUAUAUAAUGGCUGUGUACGUCUCCAAGUCUUAUCUAAUAUAUGCAUGCACAUGGUACGUGGUGGACAAAUUAAAUAAUAACAUGUAUAACCAACCUCUCUUCUUA